ACAGACCCCUGAGAAAUGCUCACAUGGGCAGUGGAAAUGAAAGUCUGCAAAGAGGACUGGGAAGAAGUGGCUGGAGGUUUAGCAAGAAAGCUAAAGAAGGAAAAUCAGGAGAGUUCCAGGGUCAGAAAGGCAAAAGAGGGAAAGAACAGCUGUUGCUGCAAACACAAGAAUGGGGACAUCACACAGAAAGGAUAUGAAAAGAAAAGGUCAAAACUGCUGUCUCCUUACGUCCCGCAGACACAAGAAACCGAUUCAGCAGUACAGAAAGAACAUAGAAACCAGACACCUGCUCCAUCUGCAGCUCAAACUUCUGCUCCUUCUAAGUACCACCGAACUCGAUCUGGGGGAGCCAGGGAUGAACGAUAUCGAUCAGAUAUCCACACAGAAGCAGUUCAAGCUGCACUGGCAAAGCAUAAAGAACAGAAAAUGGCUUUGCCCAUGCCAACCAAAAGACGGUCCACAUUUGUACAGUCUCCUGCAGAUGCCUGCACGCCUCCAGACACGUCUUCGGCCUCUGAGGAUGAGGGCUCUCUGAGACGCCAAGCUGCGCUCUCUGCUGCCUUGCAACAGAGCUUACAGAAUGCUGAGUCCUGGAUCAACCGUUCAAUUCAGGGAUCGUCCACUUCUUCAUCCGCAUCUUCUACGCUGUCUCAUGGAGAGGUCAAAGGAACCAGUGGGUCUCUAGCUGAUGUAUUUGCCAAUACUCGAAUAGAGAAUUUCUCAGCUCCCCCUGAUGUCACUACAACUACCUCUUCUUCAUCAUCAUCUUCCUCAAUACGCCCAGCAAAUAUUGAUUUGCCCCCCUCGGGGAUAGUUAAAGGCAUGCACAAAGGAUCCAACAGGUCCAGCCUUAUGGAUACAGCUGAUGGUGUUCCUGUCAGUAGCAGAGUAUCCACAAAAAUCCAGCAGCUUCUCAACACUCUGAAACGACCCAAAAGGCCUCCCUUAAAAGAAUUUUUUGUGGACGACUCUGAAGAAAUUGUGGAAGUACCUCAGCCAGACCCCAACCAGCCCAAGCCUGAGGGACGGCAGGUGACCCCUGUGAAGGGGGAGCCCUUAGGAGUCAUCUGUAACUGGCCUCCUGCUCUUGAGUCUGCCCUACAGCGCUGGGGUACCACUCAGGCAAAGUGCCCCUGUCUGACUGCACUGGAUGUGACAGGGAAACCAGUUUACACUCUCACAUAUGGAAAGCUGUGGAGCAGAAGUUUAAAGUUGGCCUACACCCUGCUUAAUAAACUGGGGACCAAAAAUGAACCUGUAUUAAAACCUGGAGAUAGGGUAGCCCUGGUUUACCCCAACAAUGAUCCAGUCAUGUUUAUGGUGGCUUUUUAUGGAUGUCUCCUGGCAGAAGUGAUUCCAGUGCCUAUAGAGGUACCUCUUACCAGAAAGGAUGCUGGAGGGCAGCAGAUUGGCUUCUUGCUAGGAAGCUGUGGUAUUGCCUUAGCUCUUACCAGUGAAGUUUGUCUUAAGGGGCUGCCAAAAACUCAGAAUGGAGAAAUUGUACAGUUUAAAGGUUGGCCCCGGCUCAAAUGGGUUGUAACAGAUUCCAAGUACCUUUCAAAACCACCUAAAGACUGGCAGCCCCACAUCUCACCUGCUGGUGCAGAACCAGCAUACAUUGAGUAUAAAACAAGCAAAGAAGGGAGUGUAAUGGGAGUUACAGUGUCUCGCCUUGCAAUGUUGUCUCACUGCCAAGCUCUGUCCCAGGCCUGCAAUUAUUCUGAAGGGGAAACAGUAGUAAACGUUUUAGACUUUAAGAAGGAUGCUGGGCUGUGGCAUGGCAUGUUUGCGAAUGUAAUGAAUAAGAUGCAUACAAUUAGUGUACCCUACUCUGUUAUGAAGACUUGCCCUCUCUCUUGGGUCCAAAGAGUACAUGCCCACAAAGCCAAGGUAGCUUUAGUAAAAUGUCGAGACUUGCACUGGGCUAUGAUGGCACAUCGGGACCAAAGAGAUGUGAGCUUGAGUUCUCUCCGGAUGUUAAUUGUGACUGAUGGAGCUAAUCCCUGGUCUGUGUCAUCCUGUGAUGCCUUCCUGAGUCUGUUCCAGAGCCAUGGACUGAAACCUGAGGCCAUCUGUCCAUGUGCCACUUCUGCUGAAGCCAUGACUGUCGCAAUCCGCAGGCCUGGAGUCCCAGGGGCCCCUUUGCCAGGAAGAGCCAUUCUCUCAAUGAAUGGGUUGAGCUAUGGGGUAAUACGGGUCAAUACUGAAGAUAAAAAUUCAGCACUGACAGUCCAGGAUGUGGGACACGUAAUGCCUGGUGGGAUGAUGUGCAUUGUGAGACCCGAUGGACCUCCCCAACUCUGCAAAACAGAUGAAAUUGGAGAAAUCUGUGUCAGCUCCAGGACAGGAGGCAUGAUGUACUUUGGGCUUGCUGGUGUGACCAAAAAUACAUUUGAGGUGAUUCCAGUGAAUUCUGCAGGCUCUCCUGUCGGGGAUGUGCCAUUCAUUCGAUCAGGAUUGCUGGGGUUUGUAGGGCCAGGCAGCUUGGUGUUCGUGGUUGGAAAAAUGGACGGGUUACUGAUGGUUAGUGGUCGAAGACAUAAUGCUGAUGACAUUGUGGCUACUGGAUUGGCUGUUGAAUCAAUAAAGACUGUUUAUAGAGGAAGAAUUGCUGUGUUUUCUGUGUCUGUAUUUUAUGAUGAGCGCAUUGUGGUGGUUGCGGAACAAAGGCCCGACGCUUCUGAGGAAGAUAGUUUCCAGUGGAUGAGCCGUGUGUUGCAGGCAAUCGAUAGCAUUCAUCAAGUGGGGGUUUAUUGUCUUGCUCUGGUGCCUGCUAAUACAUUGCCAAAAACUCCACUAGGAGGAAUCCAUAUAUCUCAAACAAAACAGCUCUUUCUAGAGGGAUCUCUGCAUCCGUGCAAUAUCCUCAUGUGCCCACAUACAUGCGUGACCAAUUUGCCAAAACCCCGGCAAAAGCAACCAGGUGUAGGCCCUGCUUCUGUGAUGGUUGGGAAUCUGGUUGCUGGAAAACGCAUAGCACAAGCUGCAGGAAGGGAUCUCGGGCAAAUUGAAGAGAAUGAUUUAGUGAGGAAGCACCAGUUCCUAGCGGAGAUUUUACAGUGGCGAGCCCAGGCAACUCCUGACCAUGUACUCUUCAUGCUGUUAAAUGCAAAGGGCACUGCUGUGUGCACAGCUAGCUGCCUUCAGCUUCAUAAGCGAGCAGAGAGGAUUGCAUCAGUUCUUGGUGAUAAGGGACAUCUAAAUGCAGGAGACAAUGUGGUAUUGCUCUAUCCACCUGGCAUCGAGUUAAUCGCUGCGUUCUAUGGCUGCCUAUAUGCGGGGUGCAUACCUGUGACCGUCCGACCUCCUCAUGCUCAGAACCUUGCUGCCACGUUGCCCACAGUCCGCAUGAUUGUUGAUGUCAGCAAAGCAGCCUGCAUUCUUACCACACAGACCCUAAUGAGGUUACUGAGGUCCCGAGAGGCAGCAGCAGCUGUGGACGUGAAAACCUGGCCAACCAUCAUUGACACAGAUGACUUACCCAGGAAAAGGUUACCUCAGCUGUAUAAACCACCCACUCCUGAGAUGUUGGCGUAUCUUGAUUUUAGUGUCUCUACAACUGGCAUGCUUACAGGAGUGAAGAUGUCCCACUCUGCAGUCAAUGCUCUUUGUAGAGCCAUCAAGCUCCAGUGUGAGUUGUAUUCCUCUCGGCAGAUCGCCAUAUGCCUUGACCCUUACUGUGGACUUGGCUUUGCACUCUGGUGUCUCUGCAGUGUCUAUUCAGGUCACCAGUCUAUCUUAAUUCCUCCUAUGGAGUUAGAAAACAACCUUUUCCUCUGGCUCUCCACUGUCAACCAGUACAAAAUAAGGGAUACUUUCUGCUCCUAUUCGGUAAUGGAGCUCUGUACCAAAGGGCUUGGAAACCAAGUGGAAGUGCUAAAGACCAGAGGAAUCAACCUCUCCUGCAUCCGGACAUGUGUGGUGGUGGCUGAGGAGCGGCCCCGCAUUGCCCUCCAGCAGUCCUUCUCCAAGCUCUUUAAAGACAUCGGUCUGUCCCCUCGGGCUGUCAGCACCACUUUUGGAUCAAGAGUCAAUGUAGCAAUAUGUUUACAGGGAACCUCAGGGCCUGAUCCAACUACUGUAUAUGUGGAUCUGAAAUCAUUAAGACAUGACAGAGUUCGUCUUGUGGAACGGGGUGCCCCCCAGAGUUUGCUUCUCUCAGAGUCUGGAAAGAUUUUACCUGGAGUGAAAGUGGUUAUUGUUAAUCCUGAGACCAAAGGGCCUGUUGGAGACUCUCACCUUGGAGAGAUUUGGGUAAACAGUCCCCAUACAGCCAGUGGCUAUUAUACCAUCUACGAUAGUGAGACUCUUCAAGCUGAUCAUUUCAACACUCGCCUCAGCUUUGGGGAUGCUGCUCAGACACUCUGGGCUCGGACAGGAUACCUUGGUUUUGUCCGCCGAACUGAGCUCACAGCAGCUACUGGAGAACGUCAUGAUGCAUUAUAUGUGGUAGGAGCUCUGGACGAAACGCUGGAGCUAAGAGGAUUACGAUACCACCCAAUCGACAUUGAGACCUCGGUGGCACGGAUCCACAGGAGCAUUGCUGAAUGUGCCGUGUUCACGUGGACCAACUUGCUUGUGGUGGUUGUGGAACUGUGUGGCUCUGAACAGGAAGCCCUAGAUCUGGUUCCUUUAGUGACAAAUGUGGUCCUGGAAGAACAUUAUCUCAUCGUUGGCGUCGUGGUUGUGGUGGACCCUGGUGUUAUCCCCAUCAACUCCAGAGGAGAGAAGCAAAGGAUGCACCUCCGUGACAGCUUCCUAGCUGACCAGUUAGACCCCAUUUAUGUGGCUUACAACAUGUAACUGGCCUUGAGGAGAUUACAGGGGGCUACCUUGAAAAACCACAAGGACCAAAGACCCAUACUAAGAGCAAACUUUCAAAUGAUGUGAAAUAAGCUGAGAUGGCUACAUUAUAUCCUUCAUCUCAUCCUGUGGGAUUCUGCAAUCACAUGACACACAGGAAAGGGGAAUUCAGUGGUGGCAAAUGAUAAAAAUGUUAACAGUGUGUUAGUCAUGAGCUUUGACAUAGCGUGAGCAGCACGUUACUAAAGCAAUUACAUGCAUGUUGCAUAUUUUGCAUCUGUUGUAUAUACUUGUAUUUUUCUCUAAUGCCAUUUUAGAAUUUUGUAAGGGAGAUUAAUGAAUUCACAUAAAGGGGGUAGUCUGAGUUACACAGUUACCCGCUCUGUACUGUAUUGCCAUUUUACCGUAGCUAGACAUUCUGCGGGUUUUGUUAACAUGGAACUACUCAGCUUACUUUGUUAAGCAAAUCAGAUAACCCAUAAGCAAAUCGGAUAACCCACUGAAUAUGAGAAUUACUUUAUAUGUAUAAUUCUUGAGUAUAAAACAUUUUGACCAGUGUUUUAAACAUGUAAAUAAGAAUACACAUAACUUAGCUAAAAAAAAAAAAAAAAUUUUUUUUUAAGAAUUGGCUUGUAUAGUUAUAACAACCAAAUUAGAAACAUUUCUACUUAGAGAGAAUUUCAGUAUUCUCUUAAUGUGGUGUAAUUGGAUAACUAGAAAGUGCAAAUUGUUUGCAGGUUUUGCUACACAUUGUGCUAUGUCUCUGUUGGCUAGUGUAUUUUAUAAACUAAAGCUGCCUAUGUUUGUUUUUAAAAGCUUGCAUUCCAAGAAUCAGCUUAAGCUUUUAAGAAUUCAGCCUGUUUCUACAAGCUGAAAAAAAAAAUCUGUUUAAAAAUCAAAAUGUUAUGAAAAAGCUAAGAUUCAUUAGAUCCCACCCUUUUCUAAGGAACCACAAUAACUCACUCUGGUCCCCAGUGUUGAAACUGUCUUUCAAAUUAAGAGUGAUGCAUAAGAAUUUAGAAUUUCCUCUUUUUCCAGGCCCUUUGUAAACUGUAUCUACAGUUUAUACAUAUAGCUUCUCUUUUCCAAAAACUGAAGAGUGUCCUCUGUUUUUCCAGUUCAUGAGGGUCAGGAUUUUAAGAACAAGAAUAGGCUGAGAAGGCAGUGGGAUCAACAUCACAUGAAACCAUAAGGCCACAUAACUAUACAUCUCAAAACUGACCAAUUUGUGUUGCCAAAAUAGCCAGGCUUAUGCUGAAAUAGGGGAAGUCUGAUGUAUGCAAGAAACUCUUUUGAAAUAACUGGUGCCCAGGCCAAGUGGACUGAGCCUAGGACUGAGUUUGGCCUCUGGCUCGGUUUCCUUUCUUUGGUCUGAUACUUCAUGUAUUUGAAUAUAGUUGAAUUUUAUUAUUUUUUUCUUACAGAAAUAUUUUUAAAAAUUAAAAAAAAUCAAAGUGAACAGAGUUAACAUGUUAAAUCAGAAUGGUUCUCUUUGAUCCACUCUGGUCUAUUGUGUAAAUAUUUAUUUAGACUAUUUUAAUAAUACAUAUUAUUUACCCCACUGUAACAUCAUGUAAACUAAAUAUGUUUUUAAACAAUUUUUAAGACUUGUAAUUACCCUGAAAAUAAGGUUUAUAAUGCAAAGACCACACCCUUCACCAUGGCAGCACUCUUGGGGGCUGCCCUUACACAAUCUGUGACUCCCUUUUGACUCCCUUUUACAUAAUCCUCUUUUCCUCCCACCUCAUUCUCCACAGAGGGCAGACCUCAAGACAUUUUCCAGUUCCACAUCUCUUUUUCAACAUUUUGGAUGAAAUUAAUUUACACGUGAUGGGAGAGGUUCUAGAAUGUACAGAAAAACACUUACAUUGGGGCAAGAAAUCUCAGUGACUAGCAGUGGUUUGGUUUGCAGAGAAAACAGCCUGCUUAUUUGGAAAGUUACUUUCUUAAAACAGUUCUUACUGAUUCACUAAACAAAACAAGGGACCCUGAGGAAUAAUUAAUUCUAUCUCCAUAAUCCACAAGUUUUAAGAAAAAAAUAUAGGCAAUCUAUCCUAUGGGUUGCUUUGGUCAUUCUUACUACAUAAGUCAGGGUGUCUGCCAGAAGUAUCAUAUAAGCCACAUCUGUCAUUUUAAAAUUUCUAGUAACCACAUUUUAAAAAGUAUAAAAGAAACUGGCAAUAUUGUUUUAUUUUAUUUAACCCAAUAUAUCAAAAAUAUUAUUUCAAUGUGGAAUUAAUGUAACAAAUUAAUGAGAUGUUUUACUUUCUUUUUUUCCUAUUAAGUCUUUGAAAUCCAGUGUAUUAAAGUCACCUCUGUUCGAACCAGCCAUAGUUCAAUUUGUCAAUAGCCACAUGUAGCUAAUGGCUACGAUAUUGGACAGUGCAGAUUUAUACUCAUUCUUUCAAAUAAGAUAAUCCAUUAAUCUCAAAGUGUGGCCGAUUCCUAGUUACUUAGGGGCUGAUUACCUAGUUUUAUAGUUCCUCAGUCUUCUGAUUUCUCUUUAUUUUUGCAUUCUGGCUUGUGGGUGAUUUAUUGAUCUUUUGCACGUCCCCAAAGCCAGAAUAUGCUUGUGGAGGAAAGAAAGCUGAGACGUGUCUUUGGGGAGCUUCAUCAGUAACUCUGGUAAAAUACCUCUGGAAGGGGAAGAGAGCCCAGUCAUUAGCUUAGAGGGAUUUGUGCCUAGUCUGUUGCAGACUUGAAUAAGAAAACUUUCUCUUGAUGAUGACACAAUGUUCUUGCUCUUUCCACAUUAAUUAGAACCUUUGUGGUAAAAUGGACUCUUAAGACAGACCCAAAAGGCCAUUUAUUAAUAGAAAUAUUCUCACCAAAACUCUGGAACACCUUCUGUCUCGAUUUUUAUGCCUGUGAUAAAGAAAACUAAAUUAAUAGCAAGCCCUUGUUUCAGUUAAGAGAAAUCUAUUGAUCUGAAAGUUGUUGAGCCUCUUUCUGCCUCUCAGCAGAAGUAACUGAAGUAGGUCAAGAAAGGGGAUUCCUCCGGAAAAUUCCUAGGCCCUGGGGAUUCUCAGAGCUGCACAGAUGCCAUUUCCUGCAUCAGUGAGACCCUUGGAAAGACCAGCAUGCUAAUGGGCAUCAGUGAAUCCAGUCAUUACUUCCUGCCUUUUAAAGGGUCCUGGUUCUCCCAGUACCAAGUUAUUUCCUUAUGAAGCUGUGCUGCCUCAGGCUAUUUAGGGACCAUUACCUGUCUAUGAGUAUGUUUCCUUAACUUCAGUCCCUGGGCAAUGCUUGCUUAAUGCUUGUGUUGAAUCAACAAAGGGCCUGAGGCCUUAGGGUUUUUGUUGUUGUUAAGGUCUCUGCCCCAGGCAUGGUGCUCAAUAUCUUGGCCAAAUAAAUUACUUUCCUUGAAUAUCUGGGAAUCUUUUAGACUAAAGCGAUGAGGAGUUAACACCUCACCCUCAAACUCCAACUGAUCUAUGCCUUAGUGUUGUUUUUGUUGUCUGCUUUGAUGUAAAAGCAAGAGUAUUUGAAGCAAGACGAUUCAGUACUCCAAAUAUACAAUAGGCCUUUUCUUUAUCAUUCAUACAUUUCUGGAUUGUAGAUGGGCCACGUUAUUUGUCCAGAGGAAGAGAGUGUAAAGAUAUAAGAAUAAUUUUUUAGUCCUAAAUUGUUUACUUUCUGUCAAGAUAUUUACCAGUGUCAAAUUCAAACUAUAGUGCUGUGUAAUUAUGUAUAAAGGUUUUUUUAUUUAUUUGAAAUUAGACUAGAUAUACAUUUUUAAAUUUAACAUCUGGCUGGACAGUGUUCUAUUAACUCAUUGAAUGUUGUUUCCUUUGUCUUGUGUUAAUAAAUAUUGAUGCCUGA